GACUUUCCCAAGACUCUAAGACCAAAUUUUCCUAAGCUAGCAUCAACCGCAUCUCCUCCUUCUUCAAUCUCUAACCUAGAUACACAGCCACACACCCAAAAAGAGAAGAGGGAACCGUCUUCUUUAUCUUCAAUAGCGCAGAUCCCAAGCCCAAAAAUUUCCAGUAACAACCUCAAACCUUUACUAUUUCAGCCAUUGAAAGCAGCCGCAAACAGCCAUGAGAACUCGCCAAAAUUCCAACGAAACAACAACCCCUUUUUACCAAAAACCAGUAAAGAACUACUCUUGAAAACUAGUCUGAAAAUAGCUUCAUCUCCUCACCCUACUGUCAUCUUCAACCAGCCAUAAAUACCAGCCCUUGACCACACUUAAACCACCAGAAAAUACUUCAAAACAUCUCCCCUUUUUACAUAACACAACUACAUUUUGGGGCUGAAGUCAUCGAGUCGAGGUUCGAGGUCACUGCUGAGAGAUUCAAGCCGAGUUUUGGUUGUUGAACUCGUGUGUCGACUUUUGUAUUCCAAUGUGAUCGGCGGUAAAGAUCCCAAUUUGAGGUUCUUUCCUUAACUUCCAGAAAUGGUGAAAUCUAGAAGCAAGGGUGGUAAACAAGCAGGCAGGAGAGAGUCCUCCCAGGGUGGUAAAGGCAAGAACAUGAUAAGACUAACCCCACAGGUCCGUCAAAACAUAAAGAACACAGGGAAAAUCAUCAGAGCGGCAAAUAGGGCCAUUGACCAGUCGGGGAGUGAGUAUGAGCCCUUCCGAGAUAUAUCUUCAGUACGAGUUUCUUCUGAGUCGUCUUAGGGCUUAGCUGUCGGUAGUGGAAAUGAGUACUCCACCUCUCCCACAGCUUCAUUAUCUGGAGAGGGUGCAGUACCAGAUGACAGGGAAGAAGUGGAAGGGGGAGAGCCUCAGGUUGGCGGGGUUGAAUGAACAAGAAAACCGGAAGCAUGGCAAGAUUGUUUUGUGAGUGAGGUGGCCUACCAUAAGUUCAGAGAAUGGUAGCCUGUAAGGAAAUUGAUUCCAGAGCGGAGUUUUGUAGAUAGAGACCUUUUGCCUCACAACCCCAAUGUGAGAAGGCAGUUUAGAGAGAGAGUGGGCUGGGAGUACUUCUUAAACACCUGUGAGGAAGCAAACGAGCACCUGGUCAAGGAAUUCUAAACCAAUGUUACCCACAUCAAGAAGGGCACCAAAGUGACCAAAGUGCGGAAUUUGAAAGUAAUAUUUGACGGGAAAGCAAUAAAUGACUACUUGGGCUUCGAUGAGGAGGAUGAAUCACUGUAUCUGGCAAAGAUGGAAUUAGGUGAGGAGGUCCGUCCUUGGUUGGCACAGUACCUGGAAAUCCCAGGUACCACCCCCGACUGGUUGAAUGCGGGAGUGAAAAUCUUAAGGAGAAGUUUGAAUUUCGAGGCUAAGGGGUGGGAGACAUUCGUGUGCGCAGACUGGACCCCACUACCCCACGAAAACUCACUCCCUCUUCACCGGACAGUACUGGUAGCAUCAAUCAUGGUGGGGUACCCGAUUAAUGUCGGGAAUGUGAUGUCUCGAGUGAUUACACAGGUAGUAAGUGAAGGUGACAGAAACUACCCUUUCCCCAGCUUUUUGACCAUGUACUUCACGGACCUAAAGGUAGAGAAGCGGAACUUUGAUAUCAAAGUGAAAGCAAAGGCCCCGUUCUCAUGGUACAUCAUGCAGGUUGAUGACAACCCUAAAAGUAAGAACUACAAGGGAACAACCACUGCUGCAACUGGACAGUCUGAAGAGCCAGUAGUGGUAGUGGCUCCUACUCAGCCUUCUUCCACCCCAGCGGACAUGCCCCUUGGUCCAUCCACUUCAGUAGUUCCAGACAUACCCUCUACCCUGGCCUCCCUAGUGACUACCCACCAUUUGAGCCAGGCCCUUCUCAGUAUCAACAAUUGGAUGCAGACAGUUCCUCUAAGUUGUCUGUCCUUACUACUACCGUGGUAGCUCAGUCGGCACCUCCACCUACACAGGUCCCACAGUCUUUUGAGGACACCCUCAAGGAUAUUCUGGACAACCAGAAGAAAAUCCUUGACACUCAGAAAGUUCUCACGGAUGCUGUGGAUUCUCAUGGGAAAGCUCUUAAGGAGCUUGCUAAGGAGGCCAAGAAGAUGAGAAAGACUCGAGCUUCCAAAGAGUCCAUGAAGGAGUUGCGGGUUGAAGUUGACAGGUUGAAGGCAGAUCACCUGCCUUUGGACUUAUUGCUAGAUGACCUAGUGCCAGCAGCCCAUCCCCAACUAGUGUAGUCAGAGAGGCCUCCAAAGAGGAAGAGGGUGAUUCCACACUGGAGAUCUCCUCUAGUCAGCCAUAAGAUGCAGCCCAGGAGCCUGUCCAGGUCCAGACCUAGGUCCCAGCAGCAGAGCCACAGGUCAUAGGGAGUCAGUCUCGGGUUCCCGAGCAUAUUGAGGACCCAGGGACCGCUUAGGACCCCAUGCAGAUAGAUAGGCCAUAGGGAGUUUUUGUAUCCUCUUCCCUUUUAUUUUUGGUUCUUAUUUUGCUUAGUUAGCAUUAAGGACAAUGUCAGCUUUCAUUUGAGAGGGUAGGCCCUACUUUGGUUUGAUUUGGAUGACUGUAUAUAUUUGACAGAUUUUAUGCUUUCUUUA